AUGGCCUGGAGGGACAAGCCAAAGGUCCACAUCAAGCCCGUGCGUACACUCAGCACACAGCACACUCAACCCCGCAAGAUGGCGUUGCGGCUGUCAACCGUGAUGUCAUGGCUGUCACCUCCACCAACUGACGGCACAACCCAUGUGGCUUUACGCGAGUCUCCCCCCCCGAUCACGCUUCUGCCAUCGGGACCAUCGGAUGAUGUCAAGACUGGCAUACCGGUACGCCAACUUAGCUGGAUGCUAUUCAAGUGGUGCAGGCGAUCCAGUCUACUGUGGACAUGCCCCCGAUGUGAUGAGGAUGCCCCGAGCUACGCUGUCUCGCGCGCUUUUGAGCAUUGGGUACGGUACGGUAGGUACCGGUACCGGAACAACCUCUUCGUUUUCAUUCUAUCCCGAUCUUCCGGCCAUUUCAACUUCACCAGCCUUGCUUUGCAGAAAUCAAAUGCGAAGUACUAG